AUGACGUGUUCGGUUUGGCUCAACUUCUACUACUACAUCCAGAUUGUGCCUGUACAGCGAGCUCUUCUGAUCUGGGUAAAAAGGAACAUCAAGUCUGUCAUGUACAUGAUUUUGCUUUUUAACGGAACCUUUAUUUUGUUCUGUGGUGCCGUUUUUACUGUAGCUGAACUAUUUCAAAGCGGUGGGUUCACUAAUAUCAGCAAUACAUGGACUGAAUAUCAGAUUGAUGGACUGUACUUCACAAACAAAGUUUGUUUCUUCAGCAUCAACGUGUAUAUCUUCUUAUGUCUGUGUAUAUUGAUGGUUUCUAGCUUUUCCACGGCCCACUACCUGCAUAGACACAUAAAACGUGUGGCACAGCCUGGUGCCUUCUUCUCCACUCCGAGAAUUCAAAGUCAGCUGAGAGUCACUGUUACUGGGAUCUCUCAAGGAGUGCUGUACUUCCUCUAUGCCACCUUCCAUUUCUUUGAUUCGUUCACCACCGUGUUUACCUUGAGCUUUGACUUUAGUGCUUGGUUCUCCUUCAUGUUCACCUCGCUGUACACAUUAGGCACCACGGUCAACUUGGCCAUUGGUCAGGUUAUAUUCAGGCAAAGGGCAGUCGAUGUCUGGAAGGCACUCAAAGCACUGUGUGGCGUUGGCAUGGUAACACGUGAUAUGAAAAUGAACCCCAGCCGGCUGACAACAGGUGAAACGGCUAAUACUGUAACUGUUGAUGUCCAAAUGUCAGUGUGA